AUGUCGGACGCCGUUUGCAGCCCGGCGGCAAAGGUCACGGUGAAGGAAGUCAGGCACGGGCCCAACAACGGGGUGACGGUGAUCACGGAGUACGAACACCCAAGCACCGGGACCUUCUGGGAGAAUGCUCACAACGCGGUUGUCCGCCAGGCGGAUUUGAGGUCGGACCGCCUCCCAGUGGGCACGCCGUUCGGGGUCGCUGACGUCAGCAUUGGCAGCGGGCGGCGGGGGAACCACCGUGGUAUUGACCGUUGGCGUCUCGUCCGCCGCUCGGGAGGAUUCGGAAAAGUUACGCUGCUCAGCCUCGGGGCGACGCCAGGGUUCGCCAAGGGGGAGCUGCCGUCGGAGCUGGUCGCUUGGGAUGCUGUUGAAGUAGACGCUGACGUUUCAAACAAGUCUGAAGACGGCUCGUCCGAGCUGGGGUCUGAUGACCCGCUGUCGUCAGAGAUAGCCACCGGAGGCGCCGUGGAGGUAUCUGAUGACGUCAGCGGGGAGUCGACGGGCGGUCCGUCAGGGUCGGGCUCUCCUCCGGGGCCUCCAGGCUCGGCUUCAGUGGUCAGGCAGUCCGGUGCUUCGAUUUGGUACACGACUGGAUCGGUCAGCGUUUGUGCCACCGGCGCCUGGGCUGCCUGGUGCUCCUGGUACUUGGCGAAGCGGGUGAUCUCGUCUGAGGUGAGUUCCACCAAGUCCUCUGUUGAUGGUGCAGUCCCGGUGAGGUUGGAGGGGCCUGCUUCUUCCGAAUGGACCUUCCCUCGGCGGAGUCUCUCUGCUUCGAAAGGCCUUCCUCCGGUGGGGACUCUUCGCGAGGAAGUGGAUCUUCCGGGGGGUCCACUGCAUGGCUCCUUGGCGGUGUUGAACCUCCAUGGGGCUCUCGGUCAGGGGGAUCCGCCAAUGGAGAAGCAGGGGAAGUGUGCUCCCGCUGCUGCUCCGGUCCUUGAUCGCCAGUGUUGUCCCUUCUGCGUCCGCGGGUGCCGGGGCCCGCCAUGUUCCUUUGCUAAAGCUCAGCACAAAACAAUUCCGAAGAAUCCGGUCCCUCUGAUACCAGGAAGACCACCGGAACGCUGGGACCACUAG